GAGGAGCAGAGGGAGGAGACCAGAGUGGGUCAGAAGCACACGUUACGCUCAGGCGGUUCCAUGUGCCCCACAUGGAUGAUGAUUGACGAAGAAACUCCAAUCCCCAGCGAAAAUUUCCCAUCUAUAGUGGAAACCCAGAGAGACACGGACCACAACAAGCAACAAUUUCUUGGUUUGAUCCAAGCUUUAGAGCAUAUUUAGCAUAGCAGGUCUGUUUCACUGUUCUCUGAUCUGACGCAGGCCGACGGAGAGGGAGGAAGAAAAGUGAGAAAUAUGGAGAAGAACAGUGAUGGGUUUGUGAGGGCGGAUCAGAUUGAUCUGAAGAGCUUGGAUGAGCACCUCGACAGGGCGUGGACCUUGGAUAAGAAUAAGAAGAGGGAGGAAUAUGAGACUUUCAACCGUAGUUCUAGUAACAGCGUUGCUAUUAACAUCAUGUCCACCGCCGGAACUAUGAAGAAGGAAAGGCUGGAGUGGGAGAUCGACCCGGCCAAGCUCGUCAUCAAGGCCGUCAUUGCCCGUGGCACCUUCGGCACCGUUCACCGUGGAAUCUACGACGGCCAGGAUGUCGCUGUUAAAUUGCUCGACUGGGGUGAGGAGGGUCAUAGAACUGACGCUGAGAUUGCUUCAUUAAGGGCUGCUUUUGCGCAAGAAGUUGCUGUGUGGCAUAAGCUAGAUCAUCCCAAUGUCACUAAGUUUAUAGGGGCUACCAUGGGCUCAUCAGAACUCCAAAUACAAACUGAUAAUGGUCAAAUUAGCAUGCCAAGUAAUAUCUGUUGUGUUGUUGUGGAAUAUCUGCCUGGGGGUGCUCUGAAGUCGUACCUUAUAAAAAACAGGAGAAGGAAGCUAGCUUUUAAGGUCGUCAUCCAGAUUGCACUAGAUCUUGCUAGAGGGUUGAGUUACCUUCACUCGGAGAAGAUUGUUCACAGAGAUGUAAAGACAGAGAAUAUGCUAUUGGACAAGACACGUACGGUAAAAAUUGCUGAUUUUGGGGUUGCUCGUGUUGAGGCUUCAAAUCCUAAUGACAUGACUGGGGAGACAGGAACACUUGGUUAUAUGGCACCUGAGGUUCUCAAUGGCAAUCCAUAUAACAGGAAAUGUGAUGUGUACAGUUUUGGCAUCUGUUUGUGGGAGGUAUAUUGCUGUGACAUGCCAUAUCCUGACCUUAGUUUCGCUGAAGUGACUUCAGCUGUGGUUCGACAGAAUCUGAGACCAGAGAUUCCAAGAUGUUGCCCGAGUUCCCUGGCGAAUGUAAUGAAGCGAUGUUGGGAUGCUAACCCCGACAAGCGGCCAGAGAUGGCAGAGGUAGUUUCCAUGUUAGAGGCUAUAGACACAUCAAAAGGUGGAGGUAUGAUUCCACUUGAUCAGCCUCAAGGUUGUAUUUGCUUCCGCAAGUAUCGAGGGCCUUAAAUUCUAUGGUUUGCAUGAACAAGUUGAUGUAAUUAUUUCGAAGAUGGAGAUCCAGUUGUAGUUACACUGCAGAAAAUACAAUUUGGGAUAUCUUGAUGAGAGAAAAAGACCGGUGGUGGGCAUAGGCGGAGUCACCAAUGCUGGAUAAUGUAUAGCUUUUUUUUUUUUUUUUCCCAAAUACCUAUUGAAUAUACGAAAUAUGUGUUCUUCAUUCGGAUUGUUGGACUGGCUCUGCCACCUCUUUGUAAGAUCUUCCACUACUGAUAUAGUAUGAUCAUUAUCAUUGCUAUGAUUAA